AUUAAUUAACUUGCAUCCUCAGUUAGAUAUAUAAGUCUCUGUUUAGAAGAAUCAGUUUCAUAUCAUUUGCAGCUUCAGCUUGUUACAACAAUGUCACGACCACUACCCCUUGAUGAAAUGAUGGCAGCGUUAAAAGAAAAACACAAAACAAGUCACUUCUGGAAGAUAGAAAAUUUCUCUUUAGUCAAAAAACACAUCAACAGGGUCGAAUCCUCUGUUUUUUAUCUUGGUGGUUACAGAUGGAAACUCACGAUGCUCCCAUAUGGGUUGGAGGGUAAUGUCUUUCAUAAUGUCGCCUUGGUCUUAGAGAGGCAAUUCCCCUCCUUAAUUAUUCAACUUACAGUUGAGUUAUUUGUCGUUAAUCAACUAUCGCAAAUAUGGCAUUCGUCAGGAAACAUAGUCUUACCAGUAGACCGGAACUGGGUUUGGGAUCCAAAUUUGAUGUCACAUGCCAAUUCCGAGUACCUAGGGCAACUCGUUGGAGAUUGUUGUAUCUUUGGUGUCAGGCUUUUUGGGGUUGAAACUGCGGCUUCUGGAACAGCUGAAUGUUUUAGCGUGAUUGAGAAACCUCUCAAUCACAAAGUCACUUGGAUGAUGAACAGGUUCUCGUCUUUCGAGCCUGAUAAGGCUCAUCAUUCUAAUGAAUUCGUCGUUGGAAACCGGAAAUGGAGAAUUCAAGUGCACCCAAGAGGGUUUAAAGAGGGAAAAGACAAAUCAUUUUCUGUGUAUCUAGUAGGAGGUGAGUUUAUCAACAAUGUGCCGCAUGUGGCAAACACUUACGCCAUGUUUAAGCUGCGUGUAUUGGAUCAAGUUAACCGCAAUCAUUUUGAGAGCCGUGUUUUUGGUUGGCUUGGUGGAAAUUCUGAUGUAAUCCAAGGAUAUCCAGAAUUUAUGCCUCUCUCAAAACUAGGUGAACCUUAUCUGGUGAACGAUAAGUUAUAUGUGGGAGUUGAGUUUGAAUUAAUCUCUGUGACUAAUUAUUGUUAGCUUUAUAAGAGGACAUCACCACGUGCAAAAAGACCUGACCCGUCAAGUAUGUUUGGACUAAAGUCAUUUGUCUUUUCUUUUCUUUGCUGUAUGAAUAAAAGGGAGCACUGCUCUUCUCUCAUACAUCACUCCCUUAGUUGUGUUUUCUUUUUUUGAAAGAACCUUAGUUGUGUUUUCCUAUGUCCAAGUUUGUAGGAACUUAUGGUUCCUUAGAUUAUUAUGUAAGAUAUGUGUGGACAAAGGUGAAUUAUGUAAGAUAUGUGUGGACAAAGGUGUAGAGAAAACCUUUAUUAAUCUUCUCGCUUGUCAAUU